UUAAAUUUUUCUAAAAAAUAAGGUAAAAAAUAAACUCUUCACCACUUAAGCUUUUCACCACCUAAGCGCUGUGCUGCCUGGCUUUUAUUUCCUACCAACUGCUAUGUACUCUUACCUUUGAUUUGGAAAUAUCUAUACCAGUACUUUAUACUAUAAUAUCUUAUCUUAGUUGGUAAAGUAUCCUGGGGGAAAACAUUUCUUUUUAAUCUUUUCUUCUAUAACAGGAUCAGUAUAUGAAUCUUUUCAAAAUCAUAUAUUUUUCUUUAUUCUCUCAAGAGUUAGAUAAUUACCUUAUUAGCUAUGAAUACAAUGCACAUUCUUCACAAUAUAAACAAGGCUAGGGGGUGCUCUGUUCUCUGCAUCUCAACAAUUGAAAAUGGAACCAAAGCCAAGACCUCCUCAUUGUCUAGUCUUCCCAUACACCAUGCAGGGCCACAUAAACCCCAUGCAGAACUUCUCCAAAAACCUAGUUUCCAAGGGAAUAAAAGUCACUUUUGUCACCACAAAAUUCUGUCUCAAUUCCUUCCAACAAUUUUCUGAUUCCAUGCCGGUUGAAAUAAUUUCAGACGGCUUCGACGACGGGGACUAUGCUUCAGCAGAGAGCCAGGAGGCCUACUGGUCCAAAUUCAAACGUGCAGGUUCAGAAACCUUAACCAAAUUAAUCGAAAAACUGAACUCUACAGGCUUUACUGUUGAUUGUAUUAUCUAUGAUGCUCUGAUGAGUUGGGUCCUUGAUGUUGUGAAGAGUUUUAAACUUGUUGCAGCUGUUUUUUUCACUCAGUCAUGUGCUGUUGAUAACAUAUACUACCAUGUUGGAAAAGGGCUGAUUGAAGUUCCUGUCGAAAAUCGAGUUUCUGUGCCUGGACUUCCAGUGUUGGAACCACUAGACAUGCCAUCUUUUGUUCAGAAUCCAGGCGCAUAUCCUGUUGCUCUUGAUGUAACGGCUGAUCAGUUUUCUGAUAUUGAUAAAGUGGAUUGGGUGCUUUGCAAUACUUUUUAUGAGUUGGAAGAAGAGGUUAUUCAAUGGAUGUCAAAGCAGAUGCGUUUCAGAGCUAUUGGACCAGCCAUUCCGCUCAAGUACCUGCACAAUGAGAUUACACCAGAGGAUGACACAGAUAACGGCUUUAAGCCCGAGACUGAUUCUUGCAUGAAUUGGCUAAAUAAGCAGCAAGAUCAUUCAAUGGUUUAUGUGUCAUUUGGGAGUUUAGCAGAACUAGACGCUGGACAGAUGCAAGAACUAGCUUCUGGCAUAAAAGAAAGCAAAAAGCCCUUUCUUUGGGUGGUCAGAGCAUCCGAAGAAGCUAAAUUGCCCAAAGGCUUUCUGGAAGAAACAUCCGCGAAAGGAAUGGUAGUGCCAUGGUGCUCACAAGUGGAAGUUCUGGCACACAAGGCUUUAGGAUGUUUCGUAACACACUGUGGAUGGAAUUCAACUUUAGAGGCACUCUCUUUCGGUGUUCCAAUGGUGGCAAUACCGGUAUGGUCGGAUCAAUACACUAAUGCUAAAUUUGUUGCAGAUGUUUGGAAGAUGGGACUCAAAGUUGAUGUUGAUGAAAAGGGGGCUUUCAAGGGAGAGAUGGUGCAGCAUUGUAUAAGACAAGUGAUGGACGGAGAGAAAGGAAAGGAAAUCGAAACGAAUUCAAGACGAUGGAUGGAAAUGGCAAGAGAGGCUGUGAAAGAAGGUGGAAGUUCUGAUUCAAGCAUCAAUGAGUUUGUUGCUAGCUUGAAUCAGCUCUCGAAUUCUUGAUAUUGUUUUUAAUUCAGUCUCUUGUUUCGACUUGAAUGGUUGGAUUCGUGAUCACAUUAUUAUCUGUUAUGGUUUGCUGCUUCUAUUAUCUGUCAUUCAUCCUGUGAACGUGUUUUAUAUGAUACGAAUCCGGGUUUGAUUCUGCUAAGUACGUACUCACUUGACUUAUUUCCGUAGAAA